UCUCUGUCCCAAAUCUCUUGAGAGCUAUUUUGACACUAAUGACAAGCUAGCUAGGUCGCUGAUUGUUGCAUAAUGUUUAUUUGCUGAGCGGGCAACGAUAUGACAAAAAUAGGUUCCAUGGCAUUCGUUAUUUGAAUGUAGUGUGAGAAUACUGGUGCUAAUGAAUGCUAUUUUCAGCUUUGUCGGAUUUGUUUGCCCGCCACACUCCCAGUAAUUACGAAUAACACAUCUGAAAUUGAGGGUGCAGAUGGUGGGCACCAACGGGUGGCUGCUGAUUCGUACUCACAGCAUCUGAUAUGGACCUUUCAUGCUAGAAGCAAAGAAAAUAUAUGGAUGAGUCAACCGCUAGCUAACGUUACUGCUUCUUUCGCGAUUCUUGAGGCUUUUCUGCCGUGUGAGGACAAUACCCAAACUCACCCCACAUCACAUUCUACUGUGCGACAACUGGUCCAUGGGUCCCACAGGGGAGGCGGGGGAUUCCGGCACUAAGAGAUGAGAAUCACAUGUGAAUGAGGUGUGGGCGGUUCCCGUAAUGUGCCAUGGGCUACGACGUCACCAGGUUCCAGGGGGACGUGGACGAGGACCUGCUGUGCCCCAUAUGCAGCGGGGUCCUGGAAGAGCCCGUUCAGGCCCCGCACUGUGAACAUGCCUUCUGCAACGCCUGCAUCACGCAGUGGUUCUCGCAGCAGCAGAUCUGCCCGGUGGACCGCACUGUGGUCACGCUGGCCCACCUGCGGCCCGUGCCCCGCAUCAUGCGCAACAUGCUGUCCAAGCUGCAGAUAACCUGCGACAACGCCGGCUUCGGCUGCAAGGCCGUGCUGCGCCUCGACCAGCUGCCGUCCCACCUCAAGGACUGCGAGCACAACCCCAAGAGACCCGUCAUGUGUGAGGAGGGCUGCGGGCUGGAGAUGCCCAAAGAUGAGGUGGCCAAUCACAACUGCAUCAAACACCUGCGCACCGUAGUGCAGCAGCAGCAGACCAAGAUCGGCGAGCUGGAGAAGACCGCAGCCGAGCACAAGCACCAGCUGGCUGAGCAGAAGCGGGACAUUCAGCUGCUGAAGGCCUACAUGAGGGCCAUACGCAGCGCCAACCCCAACCUGCAGAACCUGGAGGAGACCAUAGAAUACAACGAGAUUCUAGAGUGGGUGAACUCCCUGCAGCCGGCGCGGGUGACGCGCUGGGGCGGGAUGAUCUCCACGCCGGACGCCGUGCUCCAGGCCGUGAUCAAGCGCUCGCUGAUCGACAGCGGCUGCCCGCUCUCCAUCGUCAACGACCUGAUCGAGAACGCGCACGAGCGCAACUGGCCGCAGGGCCUGGCCACGCUGGAGACGCGGCAGAUGAACCGCCGCUACUACGAGAACUACGUGGCCAAGCGCAUCCCCGGCAAGCAGGCGGUGGUGGUGAUGGCCUGCGAGAACCAGCACAUGGGCGAGGACAUGAUCCUGGAGCCCGGCCUGGUCAUGAUCUUCGCCCACGGCGUGGAGGAGAUCCUGUAGCGCCGGGACGAGAGAGGGAGGGGUGGAGAGAGAGAGAGAGAGAGAGAGAGGGAGAGGAUGCUCUCGACAAGGGGCGCAGUCUAAUGGUUUACUUCCCUCGCCUUAAAUGCAAUUUGGUGUUCCCACUCCUCGAGCUGGACCAAAAUUCCACCCUGCUUUUGCUCCCCUCCAAAACGUCUGCCGUGAGUGACUGGAUUGAGUGGAAGAGGGGGCGGAGCUUACCUGGUAAAUAUUUCUUAUUCGACUGACAGCGAGGAGCUUACUUGACAGAUAUUAAAUAUGUACUGGUAUUCAAAUAUGGAACCAUCACAAGGUUCCCUGGGCCCAGAAAAGGGAGGAAUUAUGGCGUAUCGAAAAUGAAAACCUCAGAUAAUUCUGGAUUGUUCUGAAUGAAGUGCUUCUUGGAUGAAGAAUGAUGGCACUGUUGGGAAAUUGGAUGUUGUCGUUAUUUUGCCCUCUGUCCCCUCUACAGCUUCCACAGAACAUACAAACUGCAAACUUGAAAAAAGAGGGAGAAAACAUAUUUUGAACUUCUAUAUAUUCUUCCAGUUCUUAAAAAAAAAUAAACAUACAUUUAUAGAUAACUAUGAAUAUACAUAUAUAUCUAUAUAUUCGAAGGACAUCACUAUCAUCUAAAGUUAGCAUAUGAUAAAGUAAGUGUUAGCAGUUUUAGUUUUUGAAAAAAUGCCGUUCCCUUGUGAGCAGAUCAAUGUUACGCACAAGAAUUAUUUGAAUUAUUUUGCCGUGUAGUACGAGUGCCUGUUUUGGUCGGCGUCGUCGUUACCUCUGAAUGCCCUACACUGAAGAGAGCUCAGGACCUUUUCACGAAGAACACCGCUUGGAGCUGAGCUUCGUCGCAAACCCGGUGCUGCGAAGGCGGUCGUGUCACAUUUGGGGAACAGGCAGAGGCUAUUAGCAGAAAACUGUGAGCGAAGCGCGACGCCAGCAGAUCCCUCGCCUGUAAAGGCCCGCAUUUUAAAAUGGUUUUAGACACUGCCACCGUGCUUUAAGUUCAGUGAGCCUUUUGCCGUUUGCUUGCAGUAUUUCCGCCGGGCCCAACCUCAGAGGCAAGGUGUAAAGUCACUCAGUCUGCUUCAUAAACGCCUUUCAUCUGACUUCAGGACUACGCAUAUAGAAAUCGGCCUCGAAGCGGCUGCAUGUUUGAGUUUCUGGUACAGGGGGAAUUGCGGAAGCUGGUGCUCUUAUUUUGAGUCGCCAAAGCGCGGAGAGGGGUUCUCUCAGGUCUGUCCACCGUUAAUGGCGAGUCUUUUAAGAUCCGCGCUUGCGUUCGCCGCCGAAGCUGAUGAAUGUUCUGGCUGAGCAACGGUCGACCCCGCCCUGUCUGCAGUCGUGACGUGACUCUGCCUCGCCCAUCUAGUUCGCCUAUCUCAGCGUUCCGCUUCUGACAGGUGGGGACCGAUCGCUUCAUCGCACGCCACUCCGAUGCACCAAGACUCCGGAAUUCACCGUAAGAAGACCGCGAAACUCAGUAAACCGCACUUAACCUUUUUUCUGUGAAGAUAGACGAACUCAGUUAAAACGCACUUAACCGUUCUGCAAAAAGACGACCCCAGUUUCCACUGUCCAUCAACAGUCAGAGGUGGAGCUGUGGGGUUGGUGGUCCUGUUAUUAAGACAUUUCUUGCAGCUGGAGCAAGGCUCAUGGAUUCAAAAUCCAACUGAGCGGAGAAGACCAUGAAUGGGGAGAAUUGAAGAACCAUAGUGACUUACUCCUCAAAUUUGAUUAAGUGUACUGUACCGUUUUGACAGGAACAGGUUUUUUCUUUUGCCAGUUAAUAUUUAUGGACUUGUGUUUUAUGCCAUAUGCAUUCUUUUUUUGAAAAAAAAAUCACCAAGCUUGAGGAUGUUAAUAUUUUGUGUACGAAAUUGUGUACCGUGAAAUCAUUAGAAAUUGUUUUUUUUUCUGUAUUGUUCUGUUGUAUAUAAUCAAAUAAGUGGGUCCAAUUGUAUUCUAUUUCAGAUUAUUUUACCUCGGAAACUACCAAAGUGUGUAUUGGCGGCUUUUGUGAAGAACGCAUAUCAUGUUUUCUGUUUUAAAUUUAAAUUGAAUUAUUUGCUGUGAGCAAUUCAUUGUGGAUUAUCAGAAGUACCAUAAAUGCGCAACGGUUGGUGACUGAUGUUCUGCAUAGGGACCGUUCCAUGCCAUUUCAACUGGAAAUGGGACAUUUUUCUGCCCAACUGUCAACAGACUUGGCAAAUGCAUUUCUUUUGGGGGAGAUUUUGGGUGCACUGAAAUUAAAGAUGUUUUACAAUGGCA